UUUCAUACCUUAGCAUAUAGUGCACUUGUAUAAGGAGAAGGCAGCCGUUUAGGUUUCGGCCAGUAUUAGUCAACAGCAAGUGUAUUUGCUAUUUGACUGAAUAUGAACAGUGAUAGUGACUAGUUUAAUGCUAUUUUUUAAAGGUAGAUUAAUGUUAAAGGUUUAACAUUAAAUACGUUUCUCAGUGCCUUGAGCCAUGAGAGUGAAGGUCAUUUCCAUUUUGGAGGACAACUACAUGUACUUGGUUAUAGAUGAACAAAGUAAAGAAGCCAUUGCUGUAGAUCCUGCUGUACCUCAUCGGCUGCUGGAGAUAGUGAACAGAGAAGGAGUGAGACUCACAGCAGUGUUAACUACUCACCAUCACUGGGACCAUGCACGGGGCAAUGAUGCUCUACUAAAGGACCUCCCUGAUUUACGAGUGUAUGGAGGAGACGACCGCAUCACAGGACUGACCCACAAAGUUACUAAUGGCCAGGAGCUCAAGUUUAACACUAUAAAUGUGAGGUGCCUGUUCACACCUUGCCAUACUUCUGGACACAUGUGCUACUUCCUGUGGGAAGACGACUGCCCCGAUUCCCCUGCUGUGUUCACUGGGGACACACUGUUUGUGGGUGGUUGUGGGAAAUUCUUCGAGGGAACGGCAGAGCAGAUGUACCACAACCUGACCAAGGUGCUGGGAACCCUGCCUCAGGACACAAAGGUCUUUUGUGGUCACGAAUACACAAUAAAGAACUUGAAGUUUGCAAUGCUGGUGGAACCAGAGAACGAGAGGGUGAAGGAGAAGCUUAGCUGGGCUCGGUUGGUUAUUAGGCACGAGACGAGGAUGACAAGCCGACGGUGCCGUCAACGUUACUGGAGGAAUUUGAAUACAAUCCAUUCCUCCGUCUGUCCGAGGAGGACGUGCAGAAGUUCACAGGGAAGUCAGACCCUAUUGAGGUUCUGCGUGUGCUACGAAAAGAGAAGGACAACUUCAAGAAGCCCAAAGAGCACAUCCCCCCACAUGUCAUGCUCGCUCUGGAAUGGGGUAUGCUUAGACCAAAACUCACUUAAACAGAGCAAUGGACUACUGCAAUGCACACUGUCCAUGCUGAAGCUACUUAUUGCUGAAGUAGUGCCAAUAUGAAAGAACAUGAUUAUAAACAUGAUUUAAUGUACCUCUUACACUGCAUGUUAAACAUAAGUUAUAAUAUGGAUUUCUGUAUAUAAUCUUUUCACACUGAGGAGGCAUUCAUUUCAGUCAACAUGAUUUAUGUUUGUUUACACAUAUUUGCACUAAUUACCUAAAUGAUACUGUAAAAAAUAGUAAAUAAUUUACAAAAA